AUGUAGACCCUAAUUCAAGAGUCUUUUUGCUAUUCUCUGGUGUGCUCUGUUCUGUUCUGCUCUAUUCUAUCCUUUUCUACUUCCAAAAUCCUCUGUUUUUUCUUCCAUGAAUUCACUUUCUUUAACUUCCUUCCUUUCCAUACCCUCAUCACCAUGCAACUUCCAUUCCUUUCUUCAAUCCAAGCACCAACCUUUUACUUACAAUCUCCGUUCCACUGCUCUUACUCUCUCUCCAAUUUCUCUCACACCAAAACCCUCUUUGCGGCGAGCCACUGACUCAAACAUCGACGCGCCCAUUUCUCUGCCGGAGGGGGCGUCUUUUGUUUCCAUCCCAGAAAUCGUGGAGAAGGACUGGUCCGUGCUCGAUUGCUUCGAACAGCGAAGCGUGGAGCGCAUUGUGUCUGCGGGGAAAGUCCAAGAGGGUUCGAGGGUUUUGGUUUCAACUGGGUCUGAAGACUUUGUGGAUUCCUUGGUGGGGUUGACUUCCUCUCUGUUUGUUGUCCAUGACUCGCUUCUGGUGUUGGCCUGCAUCAAAGAGAAAUAUGACAGGGUUAAGUGUUGGCAAGGAGAGAUUGUACAUGUUCCGGAAAAGUGGGCUCCUUUUGAUGCCGUCUUCCUUUAUUUUCUUCCCGCGUUACCCUUCAAGCUUGACCAAAUUCUCGGAUCUUUGGCUGGGAAAUGUGCUCCAGGUGGAAGAGUGAUUAUCAGUCAUCCUAAAGGGAGAGAAGUAUUAGAACAGCAACGACAACAGUACCCAGAUGUAGUGGUUUCUGACAUACCUGAUAAAACAUAUUUGCAAAGUGUUGCAGCAGCUCACUCUUUUGAUGUAGCUGAAUUUGUGGAUGAACCUGGCCUAUAUUUAGCCGUUUUGAUCUACUCCAGGACUUAAUGCCCAGAGUAUACACAUUUUUAUUGAACUUCUUGUAUGAUGAUUUCCUUUUUUUGUCUUAUAACUUGAAUUUUUAGAUUAAAAGUUAUCAAAUGAUAAAAUGUGAUCUUUUGCUCGCUUGUAAAAUCUUGCAUUGCGAUUGGAACGUUUGUGUCUAUCAAACUCUUCCAUCUCUUUAAAAGACUCACUUCAAAAGUUACGAAAGCCUCAGAAGCUCAACCAAGACCACCUUCCUCCAUUCAAUCCAAAUCAGACAGACACCGAGGGUCAUCAUCGAGCAACAUAAGAAGUUGUCGGCUUUGUCACCAAGAUGUGGUGGCUUUCUAGAGCUUGUAUCAUACAAGUAUGUUGCCGAUGAGAUCAACUAGCUCUAGUGGUUGAAGGGUAGAAGAUGCUGAUACUGGUUUGUGCUAGAGUUCCAGCUAGUCUUGUUUGAUUUUGGGACUCUAAGACUUUGUUCACUUGAGUAGAUUUGGAAAAGAGUAAUUGAGAAGAUUUGAAGGUACUUUUUUUUGUUGUUUAUUUGAA